AUGUCGAGCGGUGUACCAGAAACCCGCACCGGUAUACGUCUUCGUUCCCAGAGAUCUCUAGCCAGUUCGGCCGUUGGUACGACGCGGCGCCAAGGGAGGGAUAUGGACGCAACUGAGCUUGCUUGGGAGCAUUGCAGGAAUGGGCAGGUGAUAUACAUUUGUACAUCUCGAGGAAUUGGACUUGAGCUCGUUCGGCAGCUAGUGGCGUCUCCGACAAAUAUUGUCAUUGCCACAUGCCGAAGUCCCAGCAAAGCGGGAGCUCUCCAAGCACUCAGAUCUAGUGCCAAAGGAGAACUACACGUCGUUGAAUUGGACACAGGUAGUGAAACUUCCAUCCGGGAAUCUGUUCCGGUCGUUGCAGCGAUUCUUGGAGACCGAGGGCUCGACUAUCUCUACAACAAUGCUGGAAUCAUGGAGGGAAACGACUCCCCAUUCGACUUCUCGUACUCAGGCCUACUGCAGACACUGCAGACCAAUGUUGCGGGCCCUGCGCUGCUAGCCCAGUUGUACUUGCCCUAUAUAGAGAAAAGCAAACGCAAGGUUAUUGUGAACGUCACGAGUGGGCUGGCCAGCAUCGGAACGGACUUCGGAGAGAAGAACGCGACGUACAGCGUCAGUAAAACGGCGCUCAACAUGCUCACGUACAAACAAGCGAAAACCAGACUGGACUUGAUCUCAUAUGUCGUUGACCCGGGAUGGGUAAAGACAGACAUGGGUGGUGCGGAUGCGGCAAUGGAAGUGCAGGACACUGUCUCGAGACAGCUGAAGAUCGCCACGUCGGUGACAUCGAAGGACUCGGGCAAGUUCUUCAGGCAUGACGGGGAAGAGAUCCCAUGGUAG